UGAUGUACACAUUGUUACACACAUCAUUAUAUUUUGCUCUCGCUAUAGUUGUGUAGUGUUUUUCAUCCCAUACUUUCAUCGACACGACACUGACACGGUUGGUCGUGAAUGGCUUCUUAUAAACUUUUGAAUUGAAUCUCCGGCGUGAAUUGUUCUUGUGUACAAAUUGUAAAUCCAGAACAAAGUGUAAAUAUAUACAUAUCAAUGUUAUUGUUUUGAUUCGCAAGAAAGAUCGAGAAGUGCGUGUUUAAUUCAUCAAAAACAAUACAAUUGUGAAUGGAAUGUCAACUUAGGAGCUGUCAAUUUUUCUAAGUGCCUCUAAGACAUGACUGUGAAAUCUGAAAGAGAGAUCAGAAAGGGAUCACAGCUGCCUUGGCUCCAAAACAGUUAGUGCGCGCCAAGCCUUCAACGAGGGAAGUGUGCGUCUCACUUUUUAUUGCAAUUUUUUUUUUUUCAUUCUGUCAAAUUUAAAAAAAAAAAUCGCGACACGAGAAAAAAAGUGCUGUGAAAAACAAUGAAAUUUAAAUUGCAAGACUGAAUUUUAAAAAUGAAAGUGCAAACAAUAGUUUAUGGAAUUAUCUAAAUUUCUUUCUCUGACCAGAAUCCUGGGGGUUGGAAAAACGCGAUGAAAGCUGUGGAGCAGCAACAGCCAAAUUCUAUGGAUUCAAGUGAUUCUGUAAAUGGAGGAAGUGAAUAUGCCUAUCGUCCAUUAACAACGAAACAUAGAAGAGCCGGAAGUACGGGUACCACAGGUGAUGAGGAAUAUACGACAGAUGAAGAUGAAUUUUAUGGCGAUGAGGCCGAUUGUUCGGGUACAUCAAUGCAUCCUCAUCCAAUAUUAAAAUCAGAUCUUGCGCGUGCAGCCACCGAUCUUUUUGGAUAUGUUGAGAAGCACAGCGAUGAAAAUGUCGAGCCCACGAGUCUCUUUGAUGAAGAUGAAAAAUUUCCCGCUGAAAGCUCCAUUAAAACAACGAUAUCGCUCUUCACCUACAAUGAGAAAAAUAUUUCUCAUCGUGGUGUACGACGAUGUUCUUCCAAAGAAACGACAAUUUUGACAAAGGAUAAAUCACCAAAGUUCGAUUCAUCGAUGAGUCAAAUUGAAAAUGAAAUUGAAUCGAAAAGCGGUAAAAUAAAAGAAGAAGAAGAAGAAGAGAUGCUAGAGUUUGAAAAUGAAAAGAAUACAAGGCCAUUGGAUAGGAGAUUGAGCGUGGAUGCAACAAACACAAGUAUUCCCGAGGCUGUUGCAGGUUCAUCGUCCGACCUAAGGCCGGGAGAAAAUCACGAAUUAAGUCCGAGAAAGUUCCCCGCUGAUAAUGAUGAUGAUGAUGAUGAGCAAUUCAUCAAAUCUCAGAUGGAAAGAGAAGAUUGCACUUCAACUAGAAUUCGAAGUGGAACUCCACCUUCGCCAUCGGCAUUACAAUGGGGACGAGCAGUUGCUGAGGUGAAAGAACAAGCAGUCGCUAAGCUGCAGGAAGAAUUAAAAAGGGCUCACGAGGAAUUAAAGUUGAAAGAUGAGGAGGUUUCUCGACUUUCGAGAAUUCGACAAGACGUCGAGGCUGAACUCGAGGAACUCACUGCCAGUCUCUUUCAAGAAGCACAUAAUAUGGUGAGAGAAGCAAAUAUACGUCAAGCGACUGCUGAACGUCUUUUAGAGGAAAGUAGAAUGAAAGCUGAAGUUUUGGCAGCUGAAGUUGCGGCUUUAAAAACAUUAGUAUUAACAUCAACGCCAGCGCGUCCUAAUCCACAUUUACAUCCACAAAUUGAUACGAGGGUACGUAAUUCAUCAAAUGGCGAUGAUUGUCAAGCAAGUCUUUUUACCAAGAAACAUCGAAGAUCACCAUCGCAUUUUAAUUUGAAAUAUGGUAGGGAAAAUUCACCUCCCGAUUCACCACAAAAAGAACAAAGAACCUCAUUGCCUUGCGAGAGAAAUGGUUUUGAUAAUCAUUGGGAGAGAGAGAAGGAAAAAGAUAUUGAGAGGGAGAGAGAAAGGGAAAAAUUACGUGACAAAGAAUGCAAGGAUUCUGGAUUAGAAGUCGAUCCUAGAGUCCAUUCGGAAUUUCUUCAAUGGAAAAUAAAUCCCUCUGUUGAUAAAAGCGAUCCUUUUAUUGAGAGAAUUUUCCGAGAGGACAUUGAUCUUUGUUUGGAUUUUCCAAACUUGGAUUUGGGAGCGAAAGUUCGACAAGCUGUUUUAGAUGGAAUUAUUUUCAUUGAAGCUGUUAGCGAUAAAACAAAACUUGCCUUUCCAAAAAAAUGUGCUUUACUUGAAGCGGCAAGACAAUGUCAUUAUCGAAUGCGAUUAGGAGAUCAGGAAAAUCAAUCGUACUGUAUUUCACAAAUUUGCCGUAAUAGAAUUAUAGCGGUUUGUGAUUUUCUUAAUUAUCUACGUUAUAUUGAACGUGGUCUUGUCAAAAGUUCAGUUCAUGAUAUUUACUGGGAAAUCAAUCGCCUAAGGAAGGAAAUGGUUUUCGCAAGAUUAGGUUUGGCUCUUACAUCCUAAAUCAUGAAAAAUCUAGUCCUCGAAUUUUCGUGCAAUUUUUGAAUCUCAUUGGCUUUUAUCUCAAUCUGAGGACUGAAAAAAGGUUUUUAUUUUUAUGUUUAUUAUUAUUAUUAUUGCGAGGCUGUGAUCUCGAAUCAAGAGUCGAAUCUCGAUUCAUAAAGUUAUUGUUGAAUAAUGCGUAUUUUGUAUAUAUGAAAAUAUUUGCGCAUUUGUUUUAUAGUGAUAAUUAUUAGUGAUUAUCUUUCCAAAAAAGAACAAAAAAAUGUAGAUAAAAAGAAAACACAUACAAUCAGUACAAGAAUGUGUAUUUCUUUAAAAACUUUUAAAAAUGAAAGUAAAAUCACAUUUUUAAAUAUAUAUUUCGAAAGGUGAUUACGAUUUUGCAAAAUAUAAACGUAAUUUUAAAAAUACAAUUUAGAAAAACAAAACAUUACGAACAUAAAAUAUUAUGUCUAAUGGAAAAAAAAGCCUUUGAACACUUUUUAACUUUUCAACUUUUUCUGCGCUUUCAAAUUUAAAUUAAAAUACGAAAGAAAAAAAGUAUCUUUUUUAUAAAUCAAAAAUAAUCAAAAAAAAAAUUUCAAAAUUCAAUUUGUAUCGAACGUAAAUUUUGUAAAUAAGAGUUUGUAUCUAUUGUUGUUAAUUAAUUAGAGAUUAUUUAUUAUACGGGAAAAAGUGGACCACGAAAAAUGGUUUAAAUUCCUAAUGAAAGAGUGAAAAUUUUUUAAAAUAAAACAAUGAAUGACAAAAAAUUAAAUUAUUUAAUAUAAAACUAUAUAUAUAUGCAAAGAAAAAAAAUAGAAAAUUAUAAAAUGAAAUAAAAUAGAAAAUUCUCAUGAAAUGAAGAAAUCUUGAUUUAAUAGAAAAUAGAAUAGAAAAUUACAGAAAGGACAGAAAUAUUUCAUUUAAAAAGAAUGUUUUACAAGAAAAAAAAAAAUAGUUAAUUAAAAUUGAAACAUACUCUAGACUAUAAAAUGUCUUUUUACUAAAUGUCUGCCAACUGCUUUUUUAUAAUAAUGAUAGAAAAAUCACACAUCGAAGCGUAUAUGUAACUGUAUAGUAAAUUUGUAAUUUGUUAAGUGUGAAUGCGUGUCGAAGUUUAAAAAAAAAAAAAAAAAAAAAAGAUUUCUACACUUUAUAAUAGUUCGAUUGUCUUCCAACGAAUUCUGCAAUCUACAAACUGCUAUGAACAUUAUAAUUCUAUAGAUGAAAGUCAAAUUAUAUUGACCGCAUUAUUUAUAUAUUUUUCUUUUUUUAAUUAUAUUUUUGUCCAUAUUUAUUUAAAUUCUAAUUUAGCAAAGAUCUGAGUCUCAGUGAUAAAAAAAAAAAAAAAAGUAAUGUUAUAUAUCAAAUGUAAAUAUAGUGUGCAUGUAAAAAAAAUCAAUUCUGUUGUAUUUAUAAAUUAAUAAAGAUUAUUGAAGAUA